AUGGCUAAUACUAGUGAAUUAGAUUCUAAUUUGUGUUUUUUAUGCUCUAUAGCGUUGAGAGUGAGCUUGUCUGGCCCAGUUGCAGGUUUGAGUUUUUUUAAUAAUAGAAGUGGGACAUUCUCUGUAUGUGAAAUAUCUGAUAAUGAUCAAUUUUCUGAAAUAGAAUCUUUACUAGUAAGAAAUAAACCAAAUAUGUUAGUUUAUAGUAUUCAGAAUGAUCAAUUAGGUCUCAGAACAUUUAAAAAUAUUAUUGAGAUGCAGAAUAGCACUACUGAAGAGAUAAGGAGUAAGACAUGUACAAUGGAUUCUAUUAUAGAUAUUUUAAGCCCCUUAUUAAGAAGAUCACAUAGAAGCUAUAGAAAAGAACUCGAAAGUGACAUAAUUAGGGAAUCUUUAUACAAUUUGAUAAAUUAUUUUAGAUUAAAUCAGAGCUCUGAGAAUGAUGGUAAAUGUGAAAUAAAGUUUUUGUUGGUUGAUGGAUAUAUGAGAAUGGAUAGUGCUUGUAUUCACUCUUUAAAAAUUUUUCCUGUUAAAGGAGAAAGUUCAAGGGUAUCUACUAGCCUAUAUGGAUUACUUAACAAAACUAGAACAGCUAUUGGAAGCAGGAAACUAGAAAGUUGGCUUAGACAACCACUGACUGACUUAGAAAUAAUUUCUAAACGUCAGGAUAUAGUGGAAUUUUUUAGUGAAAAUGAUAUAUUACGACAAAAGAUAUAUGGUGUAUAUUUAAGGAAAGUAUGUGAUUUAGAUAAGAUUUCAAGUAAAUUUAGAAGAGUUGCUUCAAUAAACUUUGAAGAUAUAAAAUCUUUAAAACAAUCCUAUAGAAACUCGGAAAAUUUACUCUUAAAGUGCACAUUGGAAGAUGUGGUAAAAGUUUAUGAUUCUAUUAGUCAGUCUACACUUAUGUUUAAAGAUAUAACUGAAUCUAUUUCUGAGAUGGGUGCAUCAGAGACACUUUCCAAAAAGAUCAUUGAUUCUAUUUAUUCAUUAAUUUUAUUUCCAUUGGAAGAGAUAUUAUCAAAAUUUAAGGGAUAUAUUCAAUUAGUAGAAUGUACUGUUGACCUAGAUGAAGCAAAUAAUGGUAAUUACUUUGUGGUUUCUCAUUUUACUCCAGAAUUAGAAGCCUUAUCCAAAGAGAAGGAGAGAAUUAAGAAGAAUAUUGAAUCUCAUAGAAAGGAAAUAGAAGAUUUUUUAUAUGAAGAACGAGGCCAAGUGAAUUUUGAUAGUAAUAGAGAAGCAGUUAGAGUAUUAAAUGAAGGUACUGAUAAUAUGUUAUGUUUCAGAGUUACUCGUAAAGAUAUAGAAUUUUUUCAAGAUAAGAGAUUUAAAAAAGUUAGAAUAAAUAAAAAUGACUAUAUUUUUAGAACCCAAGAACUCUGCAAACUUUCAGAAGAGCAAGAUGAAGCUAUUUCUCGCUAUAAUAAAGCUCAAACUUUAGUAUUAACGAAGACAAUAUCAGUUGCUUCUACAUAUUGGUCUUUAAUAGAAAAAUUGUCGAAUAUAUUGGGUACAAUUGAUGUUCUACUAAGUUUCACCUUGACUUCUCUUUGUGCUCCAAAACGCUUUGUAAGACCUAAGAUAACAGAUGGAAAUUGUAAUAAUAAAGAAGAACCACACAAGUGUGGUUGUAGAUUGAUAUGCAAGAAUCUUAGGCAUCCUUUAGUAGAAGCACAAGGGAAUUUAGGGACUACUUUUGUAGCUAAUAAUGUAGAUAUGCAUAGGCAUGGGAAUCUAUUGACUGUUAUAACAGGUCCAAAUAUGGGGGGGAAAUCUACCUAUAUACGUCAAAUUGCUAUUUGUACAUUAUUAAGCCAGAUAGGAUGCUUUGUACCUGCAGAAGAGGCUCAGUUACCUAUAAUGCAUCAACUUAUGUGCAGAAUAGGAGCAUCUGAUGCUCAAUUAUUAGGAAUCUCUACAUUCUUUGCUGAAAUGAUUGAAGCUGCAGCUAUACUUCGAAGUGCAACUCCACAGACACUUGUUAUAGUUGAUGAAUUGGGCCGUGGAACAUCAACUUACGAUGGAUUUGGUUUGGCAUGGUCAAUUGCAUCUUGCUUAGUUAAAGAAAAACAGAGCUAUACUUUAUUUGCAACUCACUUUCAUGAACUGAGCAUCUUAGAAUUUGCUAUGGAAAAUGUAACUAAUUUAAAAGUAACAGCAGCCACAAAGAAGAGAGCUUUAGAGAAGAACGAAAAUAUUUUGACUUUCUUUUAUAAAGUGGAGAAAGGUUCAGCUGAUGAAUCUUUGGGUGUAGAUGUUGCGGAACUCUCUGGAUUACCAGAAGUGACAAUUAAAAGAGCCAGACAGAAGGCUUCUGAACUAGAAGAUAUAGAGCGUAUUUAUAUGGACACAUCAGCAACACGAGAAAAAAGAAUUCGAACUCUUACGGACAUAUCUUCUAAGCUUUAUUCAGGCCUAAGAAAAAUUCUGGAUAGCUUUAUUAUUUCAAGUACACCCAUGGAAUUUAAGGAAAAUGUCUCGGGCUUAUGGGAAAAUCUACGUGAUCUAUCGAAAGGAACUGCAGGAAUUUGUUCAGCUUAA